AUGGCAGGAAGUCACACCACUACAGUGCUUGGAGAGAUGGAAGAUGCCCCGUCAGUGGCAGCAGCACUGCGAGAUUUGACCCGAGAAGUGGCCAUGAUGAAGGCUCAGGGACAUACUAUGCCAUCCUCAAGAGGGGAGAGUAGCAGGAGGGGUGAUAGCCAGCAAGAAGGUUUCUGUUAUAACUGUGGAAGAGAUGGUCAGUAUGCCUUGAACUGCCAAAACAAGACAGAUCAUGCAAGGGUAUCUCAGAGAUUGCAGCAGACCAUUAGGAAGCUUCAGGGAAACACCAACAGGACUUGGGGAAGGAGCAAACCCAAGACCCUGAAAUUCCAAGGCUCCCCAGAAAAAACCACAAACAGGGGUUACCCAGAUGGGCUGAUAGGCCCCCAGGCUAUAAUACCUGUUCGUAUAGAAGGACGAUUGUGUGAGGCAUUGCUGGACAGCGGAUCACAGGUCACCAUACUCUAUGAAUCUUACUACCGAGAACACCUGCAGCAUUUACCCUUGCAUCCCCUGUCUGGCCUGACAGUCUGGGGAAUUGGCUGUGACACCUGCCCCUAUCUGGGAUAUAUCCUGUUAAAUGUUCAGUUUCCAAAGGAUGUUGCAGGGGUAAACCAGGAAAUAGAAACAUUGGCACUGGUCUGCCCAGAUCCAAAGGGAAGAAAGUAUGCACCUUUAAUCCUAGGGACAAAUGCAAAUCUGUUCCAGAGAUUGGCGUGGAAAUGCCGUGAGAUGACAGGGAACAACUAUCUGCAGGAGCUGCCAAUGCACGCUUUAUGUAAAGCUGCAUACCAGCGAGCAAGGGGGCCCCCAUCCCAAGAGAAGACCAAGGCUAGACCUUUUGGGAGGGAUAGUUUCCAGUUUGGGGAUUCUCCCAUUCCUGCUGAGUGGAAGGACCGCCUGUGUGAGAAGUUAGUCAAGAGGAAGGCUGUUUUCUCUAUGCACGAAUGGGAUGUUGGGUGUGCACAUGAUGUGGAGCACCAUAUCCAAAUGCAGGAUGGUCGGCCUUUUCGAGAGAGGUCAAGACGAUUAGCCCCCACUGAUAUUGGAUGUGAGCACCUACAGGAACUGGUUCAAGCAGGUAUCAUUGAGGAAUCCAGGAGCCCCUACGCAUCGCCGAUCGUUGUAGUACGAAAGAAAAGUGGAAAGGUGCGCAUGUGCGUCGACUAUCGCACUCUGAACCGGCGGAUGAUCCCUGACCAAUACACAAUGCCCUGGGUGGAUGACGCCUUGGAUAGCCUGAAUGGUAGCUGCUGGUUCUCUGUCCUUGACCUCCGCAGUGGAUACUAUCAAGUGCCCAUGGCACCAGAGGACUGGGAGAAGACAGCAUUCAUCUGCCCUUUAGGGUUUUACCAAUUUAAUCGCAUGCCUCAGGGAGUAUCUGGAGCUCCAGCCAUGUUUCAGCGACUCAUGGAGCGGGUGAUAGGGGACAUGCACCUGUUGGAGUGUCUGGUGUACCUGGAUGACAUUAUAGUGUUCGGGUGCACUUUAGAAGAAGACAUGACUCAGCUGUGCAAAGUCCUGGAUUGUUUGGAACAGGCUGGCCUCAAGUUAUCCUUGGACAAGUGCAUCUUCUGCCAGACAUCCGUGCGGUAUGUGGGACACAUAGUGUCUGCAGAUGGUAUAGCUACAGACCCAGAGAAGGUGAAGGCGGAAACCACCUGGCUAAGGCCCACAACUCUCAAGGAAUUACAGUCGUUUCUGGGAUUCUGUGGCUAUUACCGCAAGUUUAUCAAGAAUUUUUCGCACAUCCUCACGCAAGCACCUGUUUUGGUGUACGCUGAUCCCAUCCAGCCAUAUGAACUUCAUGUUGAUGCAAGCUACACCGGUUUAGGCGCUGUCCUUUAUCAAGAGCGUGAGGGCAAACUCCAACUGGUAGCCUUUGCAAGUCGGGGUCUCACACCGCCUGAGAGAAAUUACCCUGCUCAUCAAGUGGAGUUCCUGGCAUUGAAAUGGGCCAUCACAGAGAGCAUCACGAGUUCUGCACCCAUGGAGCUUGUCUUUAUGGACUUUCUGUCAUUAGAACCUGACCGCCGGGGUACUGCAAAUAUCUUGGUGGUCACGGACCAUUUUACUCGUUAUGCCCAGGCUUAUCCCACCAAAGAUCAAAAAGCAUCCACGGUUGCCAAGGUCCUGUGGGAAAAGUUCUUCAUCCACUAUGGGUUGCCCGCCAGACUACACUUAGAUCAGGGAUGGGACUUUGAAAGUCGGUUAAUAAAAGAACUUUGUAAGAUCAUGGGGAUCAAAAAAUCACGCACCACCCCUUAUCAUCCACAAGGGGAUCCACUACCAGAACAAUUCAGCCGCACACUACUGAAUAUGCUGGGAACUCUGGAGCCUCAGCAGAAAAAAUACUGGAGCCAGCACGUGGAGCAUUUGGUACCGUAUAACUGCACUCGACACAAUGCAACUGGGUUCACACCAUACAUGUUAAUGUUCGGUCGAGAGGCCCGGUUGCCAUCUGAUCACUGUUUUAAAGUGUCUUUAGAUGGCGCACUCCUAAAAACAUACUUGGGGUAUGUGACUCGCUUAAGAGAUCAACUGAAGGAGGCAUAUCGGAUAGUAACGCAAGCAGCUGGUCACCAGAAUCAAAAGAAUAAAACCCGAUAUGAUCAGCGAGUGAGGCAACAGGAGAUUCAGGCUGGUGACCGAGUUUUGGCCCGAAAUCUCAGACUACAGGGAAAACACAAAAUUGCAGAUCGUUGGGAGUCACACCUAUACAUUAUAGAGAAGAAACUUGGGAAUCUACCAGUGUAUCGCAUACGUCCUGAGGGCAGUCACGGCCCCACCAAAACUCUCCACCGGAAUCAUCUGUUACCUGUAGGACAAGUAUUGUUUCCCCAUGAGGAUGUUUCCACAGAUUCUGAGACUCCCGGCCCUGCAAGUCGGACGUGGUCCCAACGACGGAAAUGUACCUGUCCUUUGCAAACACCCAGCUCCUCGGAGAGUGAGGAUGAAAUGGGGUCUGGCGAACAUCCAGUUUGGAAUGCCCCGACCCUAAUGGAUCCUCUUGUUGUCACACAAAGAGAUGGUGAAGAGGAAGAACCCACACUGAGCACUUCCGAGGCCCCACUGUCCCAAGCUGUGGAGACCCCCCCAAGAACAUAA